GACCCGCCGUCCGUCGAGGUGGCCGCGUUCUGUUUUCAAAAAUGUUCGCGUUCGAAUUUUGAAUUAUUUUUGUCAAACGCCAUAUUGUUUUUAUAACCGAUAAUUGUCAUCCGAUUAUACAGCCAAUGUUUUUUUAUCUGACACGGUUACGUUCAAUAAGUUUUGUGUUUGAUUACGCGAGUUAUAUUUAUUUGUUAAUAAACUAAUGUAUAGAUAAUUUGUUACUGGCAUAAAUCGAACGGUGAUCGCUGCUGUGAAAUAAAAGUGCGCGUAGAUAUGUAUAGUUGUUUAAAAAUAGUUUCGCUUGAAAAAUAACUGUUUUGUAAGCGUUCACAAUGCAACGUCUUGCUUUUUUGUUGCAUUCAAUUAUUUUGAAUAGAAAAAUGUGAUUUGUGAAUGGUGUUUGGAUUGCCGAAAUAAUAUGGAGAAGCCUUCGUACAAGCUGGUGGGCGCCCCAUGUGGACAGCAUGGCCAGUACACGUUCUACAAGGCGCUGAGGCUGACGGGACCUCUGGAGAGGAUCAUAGCCAUCGGUGAUUUCUUCUUCGUCAGGAUAUGGCAGGAUUCAGAGCUGGUGUCCAUUGGGGAACUGCAGCUGCUCUGGACGGACCGCGUCUCCGACCAGACCCUGGUCUCGCUGCGGUUGUACUUCCUCCCCGAGAACACCCCGGAUGGAAGGGGGCAGCAUGGUCAGGAUGAAGUGCUGGCGAUCAACGACAAAGUGGUCCUUCGAGCCGAGGACCUCCUCUCGUGGGUGUGUUCGGGCGGCGGCUGGCGCUGGGGCUUGCGUGCGGUGUGGCGCGGCGCGUGCGCACCGCCCGCCGAGCUGAAGCACACUGCGCCGCUGCACCACACGCGGCUCGACUUCAGCGACGUGGAGAGGGAGAAGAACGCUAUGUGUGAGUGUUGCUGUCUCUUUCUUAUUACAUCCCCUCAGGACACCUUCGAAUACCCCGAGCUGGAGGGCCACGAGUUCGUGUGCAACCACCUAGCGCCGAAGCUCAAGGGGCGGCCGCGCGGGCGGCGGCGGGCGCGGGCGCGCUCGCGUGACCGUGACCACGACCCCGACCGCGACCGUGACUCGCGGUCCAGCGACAGUGACGUCACGCCGCCGGAGCCACGGACUCCACGUAGAGUCUCCCUCCGAAACGGCGGCGACAAGCAGAGCGAAGAUGAAGACGAAGCGGAGAGCCGAGUGGAGGAAAGAGAAGAGAAGAGACCGGACAGAGAGGAGAAGAGACAGGAGAGCGCCAAGGACGAGGAGUUCCUGCAGCAGCUGAGGGAGUUCUAUAAAGACAGGAGUUACAUGAAGAUUGCGCAUACGAAAAAUAUAUCGCUUCGCAAGCUGUACGGGCGGGUCCGCUCGUGCGGGGGCUACGAAGCGGCCUGCCGAGGGCGGGUGUGGAAGUUGCUGUAUGGCGGACUGGCGCCGAGGGCCAGGAGGCUGUACGAGAGAUUCCUGCUCCUCUUCGAGAACCACCAGCGGCGGGAAAACCCAAAACUCUUCCCCAAACUGAACGGCAAAAUAGAAGAACCAAAAACGAUAGACACGAUAGACGUCACGGACUCCCCCCUGCGGGACGUAGACAGUAAGACCGACUUACCGGAAAAGAGGUUGCGAACUCCUUCGCCGAGGGGUGACGAAAAGCUCAUAUUGGACAAUGAAACGGGGGAGUUAUUGAAGGAGGAGAUGAACAUAACCUCGAAACCCGCGGAGGAGUUGAAUAGAGAAUUCCUCGAGUCGCUGUCGAGCGAGAAGGAGAAGGAAGGGGAGAAGGAGGGCGGAAAGGACGGGGAGGUGAAGAUAUCCGUGAAGCCGGUGGAGCAGUUGAUAGAUAUGAGGGUAGUUGAGGAAGGGAAGGAAAAGGAAGAUGCAAAGGAAGGGAAGUUUCUGAAUGACCUGGCUCAGAAGUUGCAUUUAGGCAAUUCGGACACGACGAUACUAAAGGAGCUAUCGGACGCGCAGAGUUGCAUCGCAACGAACGCAUUAACCAGUCUGUCGUCGUUAAGCGAAAAGUACGCCGUCAAUGGGCACAGCGCGGUGAGCGGUGUACACCUCGACCAGCACAAAACUCGUCCAGCUGGCCGCAGCUCGCUGCGAGCUGUGCGCGUCAAACCCACUCGACCGCAACCACCGGCCAAUACACCCCCUCAACCAGCAGUGCGCGUGGAGGCUUCACCCCCACCACCAGCUCCGGUCACCAACUUCGGCAUUCACCACCCGGCCCCACCACCGCCACAAAGCGAUGAUGAAAUCGUCGAGGUACCAUACAAGCCAAAAACACCGGAAAUCAUUGACCUGGACGAGUACCCUGAAAGUCCACAGAGCGUCAAGAAGAAAAAGCUAGAAAUCCUCAAGGAACGGGGGCUAGAAGUCACAGCCGUCCCGCCGACCCCCAUUUGGCCGGCGCCCUUAGCGACCCCUAUUACUCCCAUAACACCCUUGAUAAACCCCGCCCCAAUAAUCCUCAACCCCGCGGUCCAACACCAAAUAAUGACGCAAGCUCAACUAUUCCAAAUGUAUAACAUCAUCCCUCCCAAUUAUGGAAAUGGACUUCAACCCCCAAAGGUGAUACAAGCCACGAGUGCGUUCGGCACAUGCGGUCCGGAGAAAACGGUUUACGGCAACCCAAAGGACCCCUUCAUGCCGCCGCCCCACGUACUCCAAGGAACCCCCAUCAAACCGCAAAGGUCCAUACAGCCCUCUGUCCCGACUCCGCAAGAUAUUCUAGACCUAACCUGCAAAUCCCAAUCCCCACCCCCACAAAAGCCAGCCGUAGAAAUAGUCAGAAUACCGCAAUCCGUGACUCCGACCCCACAGAACUUGUCCAAAAACUACACGCUUUUAGAUGGCAAAGCGGUGGUCGGUUCGAACCUGGAAAUUACACUGGUUAACCCCAAGACGCCGACGCAGAAACGGCCGCCGCAGAAGCGGUCAUCGAACGGUAAAUUCACAUCGGCUAAAACCCCGACGCCGCCCAAAGACUACCCCAAGCCGUUCCCAUCCCCAUCGGGGGUCAAAAAAGCACCA